AUGAGAUUUCUGCUGCACUUGCCGCCCCUGCAUGGCCUCACCAACGGCCAGCGGGCCGUGGCAUGUACAUCCCCCGCGCAAGUUGCGAGUUACGUCUUUACUCCUCGACACUGCACUUGCGCCAUCUCAGCUUCACACUUCGCCCGUAAAGAUCUCUCGAGGGAUCGGCCUUUUAAACGAACGUGCAACGGGUUGUAUGCGUCUGGGCCGUGCAGAAUCAUUGGUAGGAAGGAGUGUCGGAUGAUCUGCCAGAAGGCUUGGUGCAAUCGGUACCGCCGCAUCUGGCAGCUGCAGGGAAGAGACUACCGGCUGCGCCUGCGCUAG